GUCUUUUUCAUUUCUUUUUGAGGUAAACUUAUAUAAAGAACUGGAUUUUUUGCGCUUGAAAUCUUGUUUUCUUCGGAAGUACCACUAAUUUGUGCACUAAUUCCCUUUGUUGAAUUGUGUGGUAAUCAGGGUAUUUAUGCCCGUUAAACGUACGUUAUAACAGAUAUAAUGCUCACCGAAUUCAUUUAUAAACGUACUGAUCUUUAAUCAGAAAGGGGUAUGUAACUUAACUGAAUUCAGUUUUAUAGUGUAGACUACGUACGUUUCUUCUUCUUGUGAAUACCACACUGCUUUAAUUCACGGCAGAGUGUGUUUGCGCUCUGGUUAAGAUAUUUACAAAAAUGAAAAUUUGAAGGCCCAUUUUGCCAAAGAAAUGCAUUAUUUUUAUUUCUCAAAAGCUUUUUUCUAUUUUUUAUUUGACAGCCCUGUUUUAGUUUCUAAAAGGAUACCGAUUGCAAAUACUCGUAACUUGAACCAUCUUUUUCGUCGAUGUUGUCAUUUGGCACAGUGAUUAAGUAUUUUGUAUGAAGGUCAAAAUACUACUUUGUUUACAUUAUGCUAUUUCCAAAACAAAUAAUUCCACAUUCAGCCUAUUUCUUUCAGUUGAUAACCAUAUAAAAACAUGCUUUCUAUUAUUUAAACGUUAUAAAUCUAAUGUUUAAAAUUAAAAAAGAAGACAAAAAUUCAUUUCUGAAGCAUCUACACUUCUUUCUAAGGAUGGGAAAAAUAUUUUUGAGAUAUGGACACUUUCAUUGUAGAACAAUUGAUCAAAACGUAGCUGAAAAUGGCAAACACAUUUUAUUUAAAAAAAAACGCCAUUUUAAUGAACAUGUUUAUUUUAUCAAAAAUCAAGAAUGUCAUGCCAUGCCCAAACACUGGAAGCGAUAUUGAUACGAAAUACCACAAAAAUAUUGCAAAAACAUUUUACUAAAUAUCAACUGAUUUUGAUAAAAAAUUUACACGGUUGUCAAUGAAAGGCUAAUCAAAAUAUACACACAUCGACCAAUUAGUAUCUUUGAUAUUUUACAGUCAUGUAAUUUUUAUUUCAAGUCACACUGGGCUGCGAAUGUAAUUAAGGAGUCACAAAAUGGUAAAAUCAUUUUACCAAUAUCGUUAAAAUGUUGCAAUUCUGACAAUAAAAAAACAAACUAAAAUUGAUCAUUUUAAGAAUAAAUACCUGUCAAAAUAUAGGUUUUGAUUUUAUAACGAUAAGUAAAUUUUGACUGCCGUUUGCCUAAGGGGGCGACAUCAGAAAUUUUAAGUUACGAACAACUGAAGUUUUCAAAUUUUUCACUAGAGUUACUAAGUGUGAUAGUGCUUAUGGACAUUAACAUGGAAGGAAAGCCUAAAAUUGAAGACAUACUGUUUUUGACAAAAGCUGUUUCAAGGGUAUAUGGACUAUUGGCUAUAGCAUGCACAUGUGCCGGAAUGUUUACUCUGUGGUAUGCCUCUCCUGUGCUGACACUUCCUUUCAUAUCUGCUUCAGGGGUUUGGACAGGUAUCCUAACGUUUGUUAUAUAUGAGCUAGGUAUGAAGAUAGUAAAAGACCACAACAAUGACAACCAGUCCAGACCAACAAGAAAAGUUAAGGCAAUUUUCACAUGUAUAAUCGCAGACGUGAUAUUUGGAAUUCUCCACGUGAGCUUCUCAGCUGUAGGACUGUCAUACUGCAGCAAGGAAUUGCGGACUGGGGGUUUCACUUGCAAUGAAAGGGAGCGACCUAGACUGUUACUAAUGGAGAGCUUCAAUAUUGCAUUUGGUGUGUUUAUUACACUUUUAUCAGUUGCAACAACUAUCUAUUUUUCUUUGAAAAAGAGAAUAUCAAUUUUAGCGGGAAAAUGGACGGAAGCGGAAGCAGAGGUCACGUGACUUUGUUGGAAAGGGCAUGUUCGGUCAAAUUUAUACAUUGUAGACUUUUGACAACUUAUGGUAGAAAUUUGAUAGUGCAAUAUUAUAGUUCAUGUAGUUAAUGCCCUGUAUAUGGACAAGGCUUAUCGGUUGCUUGUGACAUAUCGGAGAUACACAUAACUAGUUGUGAAUAGUGAUAAAUUUAUGCCGAUCAAAGUGAAGUUGGACUUUUUUCUGAAAAUUUGUUAAAUAUCAAAACGUUGUUAAACACAUAAUAAUGCACUUUAUAUGUACUGGAUUCACUCGGAGAUUAUUAUUGCUGAUACUUGAUAUCAAUAAAUAAAAUAUUUUUUCCCAGUGUACUUGAAAAACAAACUCCUUUCCAGUGCAUAUCACUUUGAAAGAGCGAAAUCGCAGCCUUUUACAUGAAUUUAUACAAUGAAAUUUUGAUUUAUGAUGAACAUAUAGAACUGGGUAUAAGUAUCAACUAUACAAAUACAACA